AUGCCUUGCAGAACACUGCUAUUAACUUUUACUAUAUUUUUUAUCUUAACUUCAGCCCAGGGUCCGUACUAUCCAAAUCAUUGGUAUGGGGCUAAUCAGGGCAACAUCCGGUCAGGUGUAGUACCAGCGAAAGAAACGCUUCCCCAGCCCGUGAUGAAUGAGGGCACACUACGACCUCACGUUUGCGGCUUCAACCCGUUCACCCGACAAUGUAUGGAUCCGCAGGGGUAUUGCCCGGGAAGGUGUAUGAACUUCCACUAUACCUACAACACGAUCUACGAGUGCCGGUGCCUCGUCAUU